GAAGGAAAUUGCAGGAAGACAAGACUCGAAAAUUGGGUUUGGCAAGAUUUGGAGUUUUGUGUGAAGUGGGUGACUGUUUUGGGAGGGAGACAGUGAGACUAAUGGGAGGAGAAGGAGGAAGAGAGGGGGAGGUCUGCAGGGACAAAGAGAAGCUGGAAGGUGUAUUGAGUCUCAGUCAUGACCACAGCUCCAUGCCGGUAGCUAAGAGAAGGGAGCAGAUCGAGUGAGGAGCCGUCAAGGGACACAGGAUGGUGAGGUGUUGGAAACAUUCAGAAAACAGUUUGGAGGAAGCUCAGUGCACGGAUGGGGGCUCUGCUGCAUCCUCCAAGUCCCACUUCCCACACAAGGCAUUCUGGGUCAGCCUCUCAGCCUCUCUGCUCCUGGUCGUCAUCGCCCUCGGUGUGAUUGGGCAUCUGCGACUGUCGCAGCCUCACUCUGAGUCUUUGCAGCUUGUCCGAAUCACAGUUCCAGAUCAGACCGGAGUUCUGAUCAACCAGUCAGCUAUUGUGGACCAGAAAAAUGACUUGGUGACUUUUUCUGUGACCUCACCCACAAAUCAGACGUCCACUGUGAUGUUUGAUAUCAAACAUGGUUUGAUAUGUUACAAACCUGUCAACCAGGAGAGCUGCUUCCUGCGAAAGAUGGAGAAGUCUGACUAUGACAACGUGCACUCCCUCCUCAACGACUCCGCACACAAGCAGAGUCAGUUCCAGCUGUCCGGGAAUGAGACCCAGAGGCAGACGGAGUUCCUGGGGGUGAUGGCAGCCAGUCAGGUGGAUGUGUCCACACUGGAGGAGCCCCUCCAGGCUCUGUGUCAGGACAGCUCCGUCCACUGGACCAGGAGGGUCGAGGGUGAGAACCUGUACUUUAGACAUGCCCGGGGAAACAGAGGCUGGUCUACUUCUGCAUCGACAUCUGCUUUCCCAGCAACAUCUGCGUGUCCGUGUGCUUCUACUACCUGCCCGAGUGACUGUGCGUUCUCUUCCUCUGCUCCCAGCGAGAGAUCAGGGAAACAAAGUUGUCUUUUUAGCUCCCUCUACAAGAAAAAAAAAAUACACAGAACAAAAGCCAGCUUUGACUGUUUCCUUUGUGCCAUACAGCCGCCAGUAAACCAAUGAAGCAGCCAACCCUCCCAGUCCAUUUAUUCCCAUCCUUCCGAGAGAGAAGAGAUGGAGACAGGCUGUCAUGGUUAUCGCCAAAGCCCCAUCGUCACUCUCUUCAUGUGUAAUACCCUCUCUGGUGGCACACUUCAGAGAUUACAGAAGAAAGAUCCCCUGUUUUUGUAUUUCCUGUAACCCACUGCUACAGUAUAACUACGUGUAAUCAUUCCUGUUGCGAUGAGAGUGUUUUGAUCUGUCCAAUAAAAGACUGUUGUGUAUUUGUGGCCAAUUUUUCU